GCUGUAGUUUGUAGCAGUGCUGUGCCGGUCGACUCAGAUGGAGAGAGGGGCGAGCAGAGGAGGAUGCUAGAGCACGAUGCUGCAGCUGCCCCGGCACCCAGAGGAGCAGCCAUGAGGAUCCAGGCUUCAGGGCCAGAGCAGAGGAGGAAGAGUGGAGACAGCCCAGAGCGCAGCCCUCUCUUCUGUGUGCACUGUCAGGACGAGGGCCAGGCACUGUGUCCCGGGACGCCACAGAGGAGCCCACAGCGCACCCUCACUACCAGACUGUCCUCCGGGUCUGCAGACCGCGAUCCAAGCAGUGGCAGCUACAAUGCCUCCACCGGGACCUUCUACAGCUGCGUCAGUCAGAUCACUAUCGGGUUUGACCUCGGGGGGCAGGUGGCCAUUGAGUUCUCCCACUGGAAUAGCCCCCUGACAGAGAGCAGCGCUAACCUGCCCAGUCCCGACACAGCGCGCUCUGAAGGCUCUGCUCUCCCUGUCCUGAGCGAGAGACUGGAGGCUGUGUCCUGCCCUGCCUCUCUCUCUCUCACCCCCCUGUCCACCUCCAGCCAGGACACCAUCUGUGACACCUCCAGUGUGAGUUCCCCUCUUCAUGGGUGUGAGUCUCGGAGGCAGACUUUGGUUCGUCGACGAGCCACCCUUCAGACCUCAAGACCCCUGCCCCGCCCCCUGGUCACACCCUGCGCCCACCCACAUAUCAUGGAGGAGUCAUCAGCUGGACCCCCCGACUCUAGCAACACUCAGGAUGAUGUACCUCACCUUGCUGUGAAGGAUGUGAAUGUCUUGUUGGAGAGCGAGAGGACAGAGGACAGCAGCAGUUUGUCCAGAGCAGAGGACAACUCCAGUCUGCUCAAUGCUGCCCCCCACAGGAGCACCACAGAUGACAACAGCAAGUCCGACACCAGUAACGCAGAGGGGAAAGGUAAAUCUAGUGGACUUUGUUUCAUUGAUGAGAAGAGACGGAUCGACUACAUCCUAGUUUACAGGAAGUCCAGUGCUCAGACAGAGAAGAGGGAGAUGUUUGAGAGGAACAUUCGCGCAGAGGGGCUGCAUAUGGAGAAAGAGGCCUCCUUAACAAACAGCGAUGUCAUCUUCCUGAAGCUGCAUGCGCCCUGGGACGUCCUCUGUCGAUAUGCAGAGCUUAUGAACAUCCGGAUGCCUUUUAGGAGGAAAAUCUUUUACAAGCACAGACGGCACAAGUUCAUGAGCAGGAUGGAGAAGCGCAUUAAUAAGUUCCGGGGCUUUCUUCCUCGUAAACCCAUGAAGUUCACCGCUUCUCUGCCUGAUCUGGAGGAGGGGGAGAGCUUCACUGCACCAUUCAGUCGAUCCAGGAUUCACCAUUUCAUCAUUCACAACAAAGACACCUUCUUCAACAACGCCACGCGGAGUCGCAUUGUGCACCACAUCCUGCAGAGGGUCAAGUAUGAAGAGGGCAAGAACAAAAUGGGGCUAAAUCGUCUUUUGAAUAAUAACUCCUAUGAGGCAGCAUUUCCUCUCCAUGAGGGGAGUUACCACAGUAAAAACCCGGUGCGGACUCAUGGAGCGGAGAAUCACAGACACCUACUGUACGAGUGCUGGGCCUGGUGGGGCGUAUGGUACAAAUACCAGCCUCUUGACCUCAUACGGAGAUAUUUUGGGGAGAAGAUUGGCCUGUACUUUGCCUGGCUGGGUUGGUACACUGGGAUGCUCUUCCCAGCGGCACUUGUUGGUUUGUUAGUUUUUCUCUAUGGACUCUUUACUCUGGAGCACUGCCAGGUCAGUAAAGAAAUCUGUGAGGCCACAGACAUCGUCAUGUGUCCCAUCUGUGACCAGUACUGUCCGUAUCUAAGACUUUCAGACAGCUGUAUCUAUGCUAAGGUGACCCACCUGUUUGACAAUGGAGCCACAGUUUUCUUUGCUGUAUUCAUGGCAGUUUGGGCCACAGUUUUUCUUGAGUUCUGGAAAAGACGUAGAGCAGUGCUGGCCUAUGACUGGGACCUGGUGGACUGGGAGGAAGAGGAGGAGGAAAUCCGCCCCCAGUUUGAGGCAAAAUACUCGAAGAAGGAGAGGAUGAACCCGAUUUCAGGCAAACCGGAGCCAUACCAGGCCUUCACCGAUAAGUACAGCCGCCUCGUGGUGUCAGCUUCUGGUAUCUUCUUCAUGAUCUUGGUCGUGAUAGCGGCUGUAUUCGGUAUAGUGAUUUACCGUGUGAUCACUGUUAGCACGUUUGCGGCGUUCGGUUGGGCUCUCAUUAGGAACAACUCUCAGGUGGCCACUACAGGAACUGCAGUCUGCAUCAACUUCUGCGUGAUCAUGCUCCUCAAUGUGCUCUAUGAAAAGGUGGCACUCCUUCUCACAAACCUCGAGCAGCCUAGGACAGAGUCUGAGUGGGAGAACAGCUUCACUCUGAAGAUGUUCCUCUUUCAGUUUGUCAACCUCAACUCCUCCACCUUCUACAUCGCCUUCUUUCUUGGACGGUUCACAGGGAGACCUGGUGCCUAUCUCCGCCUUAUCAACCGCUGGAAACUGGAAGAGUGCCAUCCCAGCGGCUGCCUCAUUGACCUGUGUCUGCAGAUGGGCAUCAUCAUGGUCCUCAAACAAACCUGGAACAAUGUCAUUGAAUUGGGCUCUCCAAUUCUGCAGAACUGGUGGACUCGCCGCAGACUUAGGAAAGACCAUGGUCCAAGUGCAAAGUCUGCUUUUCCUCAGUGGGAGCGGGAUUUCAACCUGCAGCCUAUGAAUGAAUAUGGACUGUUUGAUGAAUACUUAGAGAUGAUUCUGCAGUUCGGGUUCACCACCAUCUUCGUGGCAGCAUUUCCUUUGGCUCCUCUUUUGGCUUUACUAAACAACAUCAUCGAGAUCCGCCUGGACGCCUAUAAGUUUGUGACACAGUGGAGACGACCUCUGCCCUCACAAGCCAAAGACAUAGGGAUCUGGUAUGGCAUCCUGGAGGGUAUUGGGAUAUUAGCAGUAAUCACCAAUGCCUUUGUCAUCGCUGUAACAUCAGACUUCAUCCCUCGUCUGGUUUACGCCUACAAGUACGGACCGUGUGCAGGACAGGGCCGGGCCGGAGAGGGUUGCAUGAUGGGAUACGUGAACGCCAGUCUGUCAGUUUUUCGAGUGGCAGACUUUGAGGGGAGAUCACAUCCCAAAACAAAUGGGUCAGAGCUGUUUGGAGAAGCUGUGGAGUAUUGCAGGUACAGGGACUAUAGAGAACCCCCAGACUCUACUGACCCGUAUUCCUACACUCUACAGUUCUGGCACGUUUUGGCUGCUCGACUCGCAUUCAUCAUUGUUUUUGAGCACAUGGUGUUUGCCAUAAAGACCCUGAUUGCAUACCUGAUCCCAGACCUGCCCAAAGACCUGCGGGACCGCAUGAGGAGAGAGAAGUAUUUGAUCCAGGAGAUGAUGUAUGAGGCUGAGCUGGAGAGGCUGCAGAAGGAGAAGAAUGAGAGGAGGAGGAGGGGCAAGGGCCAGCACAAGGAGUGGCCCUAAAUGCACCACUGGACCCUGAAGGCACCACCAGGUGCAUGUUUAUUGAAAGGCACAGCAGAGAGGAGAACGUUAGGA